UGAAAUGAAACGAUACCACGAACUUGUGUUUUUAUCUUGAAGGCUUGAGCCCUUAUAAAUAGUUGGUUUCGUUCUCAUCGAAAAGAGAAGAGAGAGAGCCUAGGAAAGCAGGGAUAGGAAGAUGGCCUCUGGUUCUAUUUUUCGGCUGGUCUCGCCAGCUAAAAUCACCAGAAGCUCUGUUCUCCAUCAGUUUGUAGAGGAUAAGAAGAAGAAGAAGAGUUGGAGUAAAAGCAAACGAGAAUGGAGCUGCGUUCCCGUUUACUCGAAUGGUUACACUGUUUCAUCGAGUUUUGUCGCAAGCCCCUGGAGGUCUUCUGAAGAGAUCGUCUCCGAAGUGGUACUCAAGCAAGCUUCUUUAGUUCAAGAACAGAGAAAGAAGGGAGUCGGAGAGGAGGAGGCUGCAGCUCCGAUGAGUAGGAAUCUGUUGGAUGAGGCCUACGAAAGGUGCGGAGAGGUCUGCGCAGAGUAUGCCAAGACCUUUUAUUUGGGAACAUUGCUCAUGACUCCUGAGAGGCGAAGAGCUGUUUGGGCAAUUUACGUGUGGUGCAGGCGAACUGAUGAGCUUGUAGAUGGACCUAAUGCUUCGCAAAUAACUCCGAUUGCUCUACAUCGGUGGGAGAAGAGGCUUGAUGAUUUAUAUGAAGGACGUCCAUAUGAUAUGUAUGAUGCUGCUCUAUCAGACACUGUCUUAAGAUUCCCCAUUGACAUUCAGCCCUUCAGGGACAUGAUUGAAGGAAUGAGACUAGAUCUUAAAAAAUCAAGAUACAAGACUUUUGAUGAGCUCUACCUAUAUUGCUAUUAUGUAGCGGGCACAGUGGGGCUAAUGAGUGUUCCUGUAAUGGGCAUUUCCCCGGAUUCAAAGGCCUCAACAGAGAGCGUCUAUAAUUCUUCUUUGGCUCUUGGUAUUGCUAAUCAGCUGACAAACAUACUAAGGGAUGUAGGGGAAGAUGCCCAAAGGGGCAGAAUAUACCUGCCACUGGACGAGCUGGCGCUAGCUGGUCUAUCAGAGAGAGACAUAUUUCAAGGAAAAGUGACUGAUAAAUGGAGAACUUUCAUGAAGGGUCAGAUCAAGCGCGCAAGAUUGUUCUUUGAUGAGGCUGAAAAGGGCAUUGCAGAGCUAAAUUCAGCUAGUAGAUGGCCGGUUUUGGCGUCCUUGCUUCUUUAUCGGCAGAUCUUAGAUGCUAUAGAAGCAAAUGAUUAUAACAACUUCACAAAACGUGCCUAUGUAGGAAAGGCAAAGAAACUGGUUUCACUGCCAGUGGCAUAUGCCAGAUCACUGAGUGGACCUCCAAAGAUAGCUGGCAUGGCAAGGAUAUGAUUAUAUUCUUCUUCUCCUGUUUCUUCGACCCUUUGUAUAUAUCUAAUGAAUCUCCAGGGUUCUCAUUCAUUUUAUCUUAGAAAAUAGCUUAAAUAGGCAUUUCAACUUCAACGUUAGUUGUGCCUUUAAAUGCUGUUUCUCAUGUGAUUAAAUAGAUGCAUUUAUUUUCCUCUUGUUAGAUAAGUUCAUCUAAUCAAUGGGGCCUUAUUUUUGAGAAAUUGCAUAAUUCACCUUUUUAUUUUA